CUGGUGACGCAAAUAAUCAGUAUUAAUUUAAGUGCACGAACAUCAUCUAUUGGAAAAUUGCUAACGGAAGUCGUAAUUAGACACCAGCUCUUUAUUGGAAAGUCCAUAGCCUACUUUUCCAAUUCCUCAACAUGAUUGACAAGCACAAUUUGUUAAUUAUAUGUUGAAUAGUAAAUUGGUAUGUAAUUCCUUUUUUCUGAAUUAAGUUUGGUUGGGUAUUGGCAGAAAUGACUGGACACGCAGUCGUUGUUUGGGAAUAUGAGAUUAGAACAGGAUACUGGAAGCCAUAUAGUCCUGCAGUUACACAACAUUUGGAGAGAGCUAAUGGUAAACAACUGACCAGAGUUAUUUUGUCAGAUGCUGACCCAAAUUUGCAGAAUUUCUAUGUUAAUUUGAGGACAUUAACUCAAGAGUUGGAAGAUUCAGAUUCUGUAAUUAAAGUCAGGAGAAAAUGCUACCCACCUUCGUCUCCAGCUGGUAAAGGGGCCAAGUGGGAAUGUGCAAGCGUGGAGAAUUCUUCCGAAUGGCACCCCUUCGAUAUGGAUAUCCAAUGCUUGAUAGAAGAAGCUUGGUCGAGAGGUGACCAAAUAAUAGAUAUGACGAAAACUCAUUUAGGUUUCCCAUAUAUAAUUAAUUUCAAUAAUUUAACACAAAAAUGGUUAACCAAUGGUUAUAUAAGGAGUGUGAGAAGAAUGAAACAGGCUCCGUAUCCUCUAGUUAAAGUGAGGUUAGAAGAGCUUGUACCGGUGAUAGGUAGAAGAAGCUCUGAUCUCAGGAAUUCUGCGAGAUGCGGAAACGCUCAGAGUCAGGGUAAAGUCAUUGGAAGUACUGCCGCUUUGAAUGCUUCUGAGGGAAGUAAGAAAAAUGGUAAAAAGAAGAACGGUGGGAAGAGUAAAAAUGGUGAAACCACUCCUGCGAAUUUGGCAAGAGCGAUCUUGCAUAACCUCAAUAUAUUUAGCAAUAAAUCUUCACCAGCCACGGCCCCCCAAGUAGUAGAUAGUAAAACAUACAAGGAGUGUCUGUUGGAUGCCGAUAGUAGCAGUACAAAGUCUGGGAGAAGGCCGAGUUUAGACACGGUAUCGACGUAUUUGAGUCAGGAGAGUAGAGAAAGUCAGAUUACCAGUUCUACUGCGGAAUUGAUCCAUUGCAGUGCCAGUAGCGAGGAUGGAAGUGAACACCACGAAGUGUCUGCUAUUGUCGGUUUGGAUCCGGCCAGUUCCAUCAUCUCCCGUUUCGUCAGGGUGUCUUCUCCGAGCGAAUGGACCCCUAGACAACCUUGCCCCCUCUGCAGGCAGCCGCUCAAACCGUCGAUAGUCGUCAUAGCGUUGCCCUGCAACCACGUCUUGCAUCUGGAUUGUUUGAACUACUCCCUGACCGAACUACAGGAGUCGGGCAACCAGUUGCACAUCCAUUGCGCGGUGUGCGGGUGCGUUUACGGCGAGAAGCACGGCAAUCAACCCCCCGGUACCAUGGAAUGGGGCGUCAUCGAUAAGAAACUGCCUGGGCAUCCUAACUGUAACACCAUACAGAUUGUGUACAACAUACAAUCGGGCAUCCAAGGACCGGACCAUCCGAACCCUGGAAGGGAGUAUUACGCGGUCGGUUUUCCCCGGAUAGCCUAUCUACCCGAUAAUCCGAAGGGUCGGAAAAUACUGCGCUUGCUGAGGAUAGCGUGGCAGAGAAAGCUCAUCUUCACGAUAACCAGAUCUCAUACCACCGGGUGCGAGGACGUGGUCUCCUGGAACAUUCCACACAAGACUGAAAUUGGAGCCAGAGGCGGCCCCCACAGCUAUCCGGAUUCCGGGUACUUGAAUAGGGUGCUGUUGGAGUUGAAGGCUCUGGGCAUCGUCGAGGAAGAGGGUAAGAAAGCGAAAAGAUGAUUGUUGGGGGUAUUCAUGAAGAAGAUCAAGAGGAUAAGGAUGUUUUUUUGAUUGCGAAUCGUCAAGACUGAAUGUUUGAUUGGAGGACUCGAUCGUUGUUCCUUUCUUGAUUCAAUACGGAGUUUAUCCGUUUAAAAUGGUGAUUUUCGGUUUGCCAACAGUGCUGUCGACCAGAGGACGUUGUGGUUUCUUCUGAACAUGCACAAAUACGCAUUUACCUGACUUACUUGACAUUUGGCGUUUCAGACUUCUAUUAUGUCAGAAAAUAUUUCUCUGUGAUAUAACCUCAAUUAAGUCGAUGGUCAAAGCUCUUUUUUUCCUCACGAUGAAUAAUUGUCUGACAUCUAGAUGCACCAUUUACGAAAAGCAUGAAAACAAAUUGAAAAUCACUAUAUAUUUAUAAAAAUAUGACAUAUACGAGUAUAUCCUUGAUACCUCCCUAUUUACAUUCCUCAUAUUGAAAAUAUGGUUAAAAUUUUCUAUAAAAGCAAUAAUGUUGAAAGUAAGCUUUAUUACAAACAUAUGUGCCAAUAUAAAAUAUAUAUUUUGUAUAUAUAAUAAUUAUCGACAGCUUUAAAACAAGUAUAUAUACAUUUAAUAUUUUAUUGGAAUUUUAAACGAAAGUAUUCGAAUUCUU